AUGGCCUUUAAGUUAAGGAAGGGUGAAAUUUUGAAAUCGCAGGCACGUAAAAUUGUAUAUAAUGUUGCGGAAUUUUGUUCCAAUGAAGCUUCAUCGAAAUCUGCGUUAAUUCCACUCCCACAAGCUCUGAAGAUGGCUUCUCAAGCAACUGGAAUUUCUGAUGCUACAAUAAAAAAAAUAAGAAAGGAUGUUUCAUCAUCUGGCUCAUCGACAGUUUUAAAAUCACCCGGUAAACACCGUAAAAGACCUAAUGAGCGAAACUGUGAAAUUGACGACUUUGACAAAUGUAUUAUACGGCAAACAAUUCAAGACUUUUACAUUAAAGAAAGGAAAGUACCAUCCCUCAGAAAAUUACUACCCGUGUUGAAAGAAAAAAUUGGAUUUUCGUGGCAAAAAGACACAUUGUGCAUAGUCUUACAUUCAAUGAAUUUCCGAUGGAAGAAGUGCGUGAAUAAUAGAAAAGUACUCAUGGAAAGACCAGGUAUUGUUUUUUGGAGACACAGAUAUUUGACAGAAAUGAGAUGUCACAGGAAAGCUGGACGACCGAUUGUCUAUAUUGAUGAAACUUGGGUAGACAGCAAUUUGACAUUUAAGAAAUGUUGGCAAGAUGACACAGUUUUGGGAGCUACAGCAAAUGUUAAUUCGAAAAAUAGACUUAUAGUUGUUCAUGCUGGGUCAUCAACGGGUUUCCUUACGGGUGCUUUACUAGUAUAUAAAGCAUCAACAAAAAGCGGCGACUAUCACGGGCAAAUGAACUAUGAAAACUUUAAAAAAUGGGUGUCGGAAAAACUUCUUCCAAAUUUGCAACCAAACAGUCGUAUGCAUGGAUAA